AUGGCCUCAUACCUCAUCACCGGCGCUAACCGGGGCUUAGGCCUUUUGAUGGUUUCCUUCCUCGCUUCAAAGCCCGUGACUGAAGUUGAUGUCGUAAUUGCCGCUGUCCGGAAAUCAAGCGAGGCUUUGGAAAGCAUUGUGGAACGUUCUAAUGGACGUGCACUCGUCCUGACUGUGCAAGUAACGGAUGAAGAGAGUGUGAGAAAAUUUGACGAGGAAGUGAAAAAAGUACUCCCAAACGGACUAGAUGUACUGAUAAACAAUGCGGGCAUCAUGCAAUCCUCUCCCAAUGCAGAACUUGGCAUUGAAGCUAUGGACAACUUGCAUGAUCAUUGGAAUAUCAAUGUAAACAGUGUUCAUUUGGUCACCAAAGCUAUUCUGCCCCACCUCCGCAAUGGGGAAAAGAAGACUAUCGUCAAUGUGUCCUCGGCUUUGGGCUCCAUCACCCUGGCACCUCAGUAUAUGUUCCCACCGACUCCGGCAUAUAAGAUCUCGAAGGCUGCUCUGAACAUGAUGACCGUUCAGUAUGCUGCAUAUCUUGAAAAGGAGGGAUUCAUCGUUUUCAGCAUCGACCCUGGCUGGUCACGAACCGAGAUGGGUUCAGACUUUGCAGAUCUUGAUCCCAAGGAAGCGGCUGAGUGUCUCGUAAAGAAAGUUCUACUCGCCACCAAAGAAGAUAGUGGCAAAUUCUUCGAGGCCAACGUUCCGUCGUGGGAGUAUAAGGGGGGUCCAACCCGCUACGAUGGGCAUAUUCUUCCAUGGUAG